AUGGCGGACAUACGGUGCGACCAGCCCAAGAUGACGCCAGCAAGCCCGUCGUCCCUAAGGAUCUUCGGCUACGACGUGCCCGGCGGCGCCACCGACGCCGCUGCCGCCGUGCUGACUCCGCCGCCGACGCCGCCGGCCGACGCGCGGAGGUUCGGGUGCCAGUACUGCUCUCGCGAGUUCGCCAACUCGCAGGCGCUGGGCGGGCAUCAGAACGCGCACAAGAAGGAGCGGCAGCAGCUGAAGCGCGCGCGCCUGCACGUGGACGCCAGGAUGAGCUACUUCGCGCCGCCGCCGGGGCACCUGAUCGCCGUGGGACACGCAGGGUCGUCGGCCUACACGCGGGACGCCUUCCACAGAUGGGUCUACUUCGCGCACCAGUCAGCGGCGGGCCUGCCGUUCCAUGCUCUGCCGGCCGGUGGUGGGUGCCACGCCCAGCCGCGGCUGCUCCAGGAACCAAAGGAGGACUGCGGCAGUGCCGCCAUCAGCACCAGCAGUGGUGCUCGUGCCUGCACUCCAGCGGAUGACAGCACCGAGGAAGCCUCGGCGAUGGGGGUGGGGCUCGACCUCGAUCUCAGACUUGCUCCGGCCACGUCAUCGUGA